UAAAUAAGGAACAAAGGUUGAGGUUAACUGAACGUCAGAGAAUCAGGUUGAAAAUCUACUUUAAAAUAUUUAUCAAUUGAUGAUAACCAAUCGAAUCCUAAGUAUUGUUGAUGAAUUCAGUACAAAACAUCACAAAUGGCAUUCAGGUCUGUUAUACUGGGGGCUCCUGCCUCUGGAAAAGGCACAAUUUCUUCUCGAAUCGUGAAAGCUUUCGGGUUAGAACACAUCGCAAGUGGAGAUAGAUUGAGGAUAAAUAUCAAAGAAAAUACUCCAUUAGGAAAUACUGCCAAAUCAUACAUUGAAAAAGGUUUAUUAGUACCUGAUGAUGUAAUGGUCAAUUUCAUCUCUAAAGAACUGCAACAAUUAAAGAAAAAUACUUGGUUAUUAGAUGGUUUCCCUCGCACAGUAAGUCAAGCCGAAGCUUUGUGGAGUGUGCAGAAGUUAGACGUAGUUUUAAAUCUUGUAGUUCCUUUCAAUAUCAUUGUAGAUAGGGUCAAAGGUCGUUGGGUACACUUACCAAGUGGUCGUGUCUACAAUACAGACUUCAAUGCACCAAAAGUACCUGGAAAAGAUGACAUAACUGGGGAGGAUCUUAUACAAAGGAAAGAUGAUAAUCCAGAAAUUGUUCUCAAGAGAUUGGAACAAUACGAGAACCUCACAAGACCUGUUAUAAAUUUCUAUAAGAACAAAGGAAUAUUGAAAGAAUUCGAAGGAAAAAGUUCCGAUGAAAUAUGGCCAAAGGUUAAGUCGGUACUUUUGAAUUAUUUACCAGAACAAAAGUCGUGAAAACAAUUAUAUCACUUUUACCAGUUUACAGUAAUUAAAUGUUUCUUUACUCAAAUGUUUUACACCUUUGAAGAUUUUUAUGAAGAAAAAUUUUAUAUCCAGAAGUGUUGAUCAAAUAUAUAAAUUUAAUAUUU